GGCGGCCCAGGGUGUCCCGUCGGUGUCGGCGCUGCGAGAGUUGGAGGCGCGGCCCGCGGCGGCGGCGGUGGUGGCGGAGGCAGCUGGCGACCGGGCGCGUUAGACGGGGCCGGGGUCCGCGGCGCGCUCUCCGCCCACAGAAAUGAGCCGCCAGACUGCUACAGCAUUACCCACUGGCACCUCAAAGUGUCCACCAUCCCAGAGGGUACCUGCCCUGACUGGCACAACUGCAUCCAACAAUGACUUGGCGAGUCUUUUUGAGUGUCCUGUCUGCUUUGACUAUGUGUUGCCACCCAUUCUUCAGUGUCAGAGUGGCCAUCUUGUUUGUAGCAACUGUCGUCCUAAACUCACAUGUUGUCCGACCUGCCGGGGUCCACUGGGAUCCAUCCGCAACUUGGCUAUGGAGAAAGUGGCCAAUUCAGUACUUUUCCCUUGUAAAUACGCCUCUUCUGGAUGUGAAAUAACUCUCCCGCACACAGAAAAGGCAGAGCACGAGGAGCUCUGUGAGUUCAGGCCUUACUCCUGCCCCUGCCCUGGUGCUUCCUGUAAGUGGCAAGGCUCCUUGGAUGCUGUCAUGCCCCACCUGAUGCAUCAGCACAAGUCCAUUACAACCCUGCAAGGAGAAGAUAUAGUUUUCCUUGCUACAGACAUUAACCUUCCUGGUGCUGUUGACUGGGUGAUGAUGCAGUCUUGUUUUGGCUUUCACUUCAUGUUAGUCUUGGAGAAACAGGAAAAAUACGAUGGUCACCAGCAGUUCUUUGCAAUUGUACAGCUGAUAGGAACACGCAAGCAAGCUGAAAAUUUUGCUUAUCGACUUGAGCUAAAUGGUCAUAGGCGGCGAUUGACUUGGGAAGCGACUCCUCGGUCUAUUCAUGAGGGAAUUGCAACAGCCAUUAUGAAUAGUGACUGCCUAGUGUUUGACACCAGCAUUGCACAGCUUUUUGCAGAAAAUGGCAAUUUAGGCAUCAAUGUAACUAUUUCCAUGUGUUGAAACAGCAAUCAAAUAUUUCUGGCCAGUGUUUAAAAUUUGCAUUUGACUUCACAGAGAAUAAGGCACCCAUCUGCUUGCCAACCUAAAACUCUCCUGGUAGGUAGAACUAGACACAUGAAGGUAAAUAAAAAGAAAGGCUGUUAAUACAGGAAACAGUUGCAUGUAGUAACACUAAUAUAUUUAAAAAUAAUUCAACAGUAAACCACUGAAAAAAUAUAUAUAUACCCAAGAUGGGCAUCUUUUGUAUUAAGAAAAAAGAAAGGAAGCAUUGUAAAAUAUUUCUGAACUUCGUGUUUGUUGUAGAUUGAUUGUAUUGUUGACAACAACUUUUUGGGGAUGUGUGUCUGUGCACACAUGGGUGCACAAGUGUGGUUGGUUUUCCUUUAACUGACAAGCCAUCUGCGUGGUCAUGGACCACUGCUUUCCCCUUGUGAGUCAAUACAUAGUGCUGCUGUGUUUUUUGUUUUGUUUUCUUUUCUUUUUUUGUGUGUGUAUUUGCUAAUUUUUAUUCUAGUUUUUCAUUAAAUAAAUUUGACUUUCUUUUCUGUAAUUCAGGUUUUUCUCACUUUUGUACCUUUAAGUUAGUGUCUUUUUGAUAUUCAUAAUUGCUUAUGUCAAAAGUUUGUGUUCAGUACAUACUUUCUUUUCCUUCAAUCAGUUUAUUAGAACUAUUUUUAAUUCAGCCCUUUUGUGAAAAUAGGAAUUCCAGAAAGGAAAGGUAACAUGAGAGCGCUGUACAAGCUGCAGCAGGUAUGAGAUGGUCUUGUCUGUGUGAGUCCCUCCAUCAGGCUGACUCUUGGGAAGGUCAGGUUAGGGAGUAAACUGAGUUAUAUAGAUACCUUUAAAAAAUCAGGCCUUUCCUCUCUUCAAAUGUGUUGGGCAAAUCACAUGUUUAAAUUGGUUCUUGUAUUUAUUGGUUUUGCAAAAGAGUGCAUCAUCAUACACAGUAUUUGUAAUUAAAGGAAAUCAUUUGUUUUUUAAAAAAAGGCAGUUUGCAAAAAAUGUUUUUGGUCUUUUAUAAUUCUCAUUAAAAGAUUAUCUGGCAAAUUAAAAAAAUCUUAAUGUGUUUACUUUAGCUCUAGGUUGGUUUGUUUUGUUUUGUUUUUUCCUGGAGCUGAGGACUGACUAUAGGCCCAGCACUUGCUAAGCAAGCACUCUCCCACUGGGCUACAUCCCUAACCCCUGGCUCUAAAGAGAGCUCUUUGAUAAAGUCUAGAGGUGGUUUCCUGUAUUUAGAGCAGAAGAUUAGAUUAUAUGCCUCUGUUUUGAAGUAUGUUAGUUUUAUUCUGAAGCACAGAAAGGACUAGGUUCUCCCCCCAUUUGAUUCCCAUAAGGACAUUUAGAGUAUGCCUGAUUAAUGCUGAUCACUCUUUUCCUUUAUGAAAAGUGAGUUUAUCAUCAUAGUUCCAGUGGUGGAGUUUGACUCCGCAGCCUGGCUGCCAAGUUCCUAUGUACUAGUUUACCUCUAUCCAACUUAACCAGCUGUCUGACCUUGGGCCUAGUUUCCUAAUGUGUUAAAUGGAGUUAAAUUAUGGUGAGUAUGUGAAGGGUUAAAUGAGACGCUAGUACUUUACCCUGAAACAGUGCUUCCUACGACCUAAGUAUCCAGCCAAUGUGGAACACUGGAUUUUACCUUUAGUGUUGUGUUCCUAGCUACACUCAGAACACAGCAGAAAUCUGUCAUUGAUAAUUUUGUAUUUUCCUAGUGGUACCCCAAGCUUAGAAAGUCAUUGAGAAUUAACUUGCAUUUUCCCUUUAUCCUAUUUCCAAUUCUGGAUUAUGGAGCUUGGUUCUGUUAGCCAUUUUAAGUACCAGUAAACCUUCUAUUGAGUUGAUUGUCAUGUGCUUAUGUAGCUAUAUUUGGGGUGAAAGGGAAUAAUUUAGCCACAGAUUACAACCAGGUUUUUAUUUGCAUGAAAAUUUAGAAAAGCAGCUUGUGUGUGUGUUGAGACAAGGUCUUGCUACCCUGGGUGGCCCUGAAUUCUCUACGCCUUACCUCAGCCUCUCCCCCCCCCCACACACACACAGUUGAAUGCCACAAAGCUUGGCUGAAAAGCAACUGAGUGUAUGUUUGAGGGAAUGUCAUUUUGCAGUUUCACUGUAUUGUGCCCAGACUUUAACAUCUCAAAAGGCAUGGCCAUUAGAAAUCCAUACUCUCCUCCAUGAAAUCAGAGCUGACUGACAUUUUAUUUACUAGUUAAAUGCAUGAGCAUGUUCUUGUACCACAUAUAUUUUGAGAUAUUGAUUGGUUUUUUUCUGUAACCUUCACCACGUAACAAGAUCACCCUAGACUUUACCAUUUUGAUAGUGUUGGGAAGGCUGGCCAUGGUUCAUGCUUGUUAUCUCAGGGCUUGGAGGCCAAGGCAGAACGCAAGGUUUUGAGGUCAACCUGCUCAACAUAUUGACUCAAAAAUAGAAAAUAAUCAACCAAACAAAACUUGGACUUUUUUGUUGUUGUUAUUGGGCUUAAACCUAGUACCUCAGCAAAACUACAAGCAAGCAUUCAGUGGCUGAACCCCUAAUAAAAACAUUUUUAGUAAUUUGACCACUCACUAUAUCUCAGCUAAUAAUUUUGCUGUUUAAUAUGUCAAGAUUUUUUAUUUUGCUACUUACAUAUUAGUCUGUACGUUCUUAGUAUGUUUUGGGCAUUAAUAUUUGAAAAGUUGUGAUACUUUUAUUGAUGCUCUCUGGGGAGGCUUCAAUGGGACCCAGAAUUGUAAAGGAUUUUGUUUAUCUCCCGUUUUUGCUAAUUUUAGCAAGUGAAGGCAUAUUUUAUGUAUAUUUAGCAGCAGGUAAGGUUGACACAUUAACGUUUAUUAGCUAUUAAGUCUUCAUAUUCUUGAUUCCCACAGAUGAGAAAUGUAGCCACAUUUCUUUGUUCCCUUGAGAUUUGACACACAAAAAUGAACUCUUGUCUUUACAUUGUUUAGAGUAGAUAAUUUCUGUUGAUUGCUUUGACCCUUUUGGUGUCUUUCAGGAACUGUGGGGGAGGGUAUUGAGACAGGGUUUCUCUGUAGCCUGUCCUGGAAUUCACUCUGUAGACCAGGCUGGCCUUGAACUCACAGAGGUCCACCUGUCUCUGCCUCUCGAGUGCUGGAAUUAAAGGUGUGCGCCACCAUUCAGCAUCGUUCAGGAGUUUUAUGGGUAGAUAUACACGAUCCUCCUUGACUUUGUUCUGCUUUUAAAAAUACUCCAAUUUGUGUUGCCCAGGAUCAAACUAAGGCCUCUCAUGCUACACCUCUAUCUCUUAAGCUUGAGUUUGUCAUACUGAAUUAAAUCCUGGACUAGUUUAGUUGUGUAUCAGUGGUUGGGGGAAGUUUACUUUUGCUUUAAUUUUUUUAAGCAACUUGAAAACUCACAUUUAUGUCAUGUACACUUAGGUGAGUUUAAUUUAGAAAAAGUGACAGUCAUUCCUCAUUUUCUGUUCUCAAAGAACUUUAGAACUCUUCAGGAACAUCUACAAUGAUUAUAAAUCAAAUGUAGAAGUUUAUUCAGAUUCCUGAGAGGAAAAUCUGGUAAGUAAUCCAAAUUUAAAAUUUAAAAGUAGGCUGAAGAGCGCUGGCUGCUCUUCCAAAGGACUUGGAUUCAAUUCCCAGCACCCUUGUGGUAGCUUACAACCAUCUUUAACUCCAGUUCCAGGGAAUCUCAUGCCUUCUGGCCUCCAUGGGCACUGGGCAUGCACAUGGUACUCAGAUAUACAUAUAGGUAAAACACAUAAAAAAUUGGAAAAAUACUACCUUUUUAACAGUUACCAAAACAAAAAAACAGAACACUCACAACCAACCCAACAUUGGAUCAAACUAAUCAAUUUGUGACCAUCUCAUUAGAUGGACAAAAAUAAGAUCAGAAUGUAACAGUGUGCAGAGUAUAUUAACUUACAGGUCCUGCCACUAUUUGUGUGCAUUAUCUAAAAAAAAAGUAAUCCCAAACCAGCACUUGGGAGGCUGUAGGGGGGGAUCAUAACAUACCAGUGCAUAGGCAGGUAAGCAGCAUGCCUGGCCUAUACAGCAAGACCCUGUCUCAAAAGAAAAGGUGUGGAUAUCGUGGAAGCUUGUGGACUGAGCAGUGUUCCAUGGGAGUGUGCAAAACACAAGAGUUCUGUCCGACUUGUCCAGUUAGGCUAUUUAUAUCAUUUAUCAAAAUAAACAUUUUUAAAGAUGGCAUCACCCAAACAGAAUUUAGCUUUUAUACCAAGCACUAUAGUGUAUCUCAAGGGAAUUUUUAUCAAAGACAAUUUUUUCCUAGAAUUAAAAUCCUUUAGAUAGCUUGUUUAUGGAGCCAGGUCUUGUGCAGCUCUACAGCACUGGCUGGCUUGGAGUUUGCUCAGUAAGACCUUGGCUUCUCGGCAGUUGGCAGGGAUUAAAACCGUGUGCAGGUCAUUUUUUGUUUUUAGUAAAGAAUAAUGAUCAUUGUAAGGCACACUGUGUGUCAAUACAUCAGGGAGAAGAGCAUUACUGUUGGACCUUAACCAUCAACGGAGACUGACAGCUUCUCUUGCCAUACACAGUAGUUUCUUUCUCCUUUGCUCUGAGAAAUGCGACACACAUUUAUUUCAUUAAGCAAAACUAGUGACUAAUCCCAGAUUGUCAAAUACUUUUGUGUAACUUAUUGUCAAGCCUCUUAAUAAUAGUAUAGUUUCCUUUGUGUAAGUUUCCUAGGAGAGCCACUAAGUGCUUCUGCCUUAAGCGGUGACUGUCUGAGUUAGGUUUGGUGGGGGAGAUGUGUCUUGCUUGGCCUGGCACAUCUUCUAAAAUGGCUGGUGUAAAAGGCUUGACCCUGAAAAGUGGAUCACUGGUAACUUCAUCAGUGGAUGUUGAUGGCUGAAUAGAGUGUUGGGGGAAGGAUAUGUCACUGGGGAAUGUAUUUUGGAAGGGUGUCUUGUCUUUGGAUCUUCCUCUCUGGCUCUUCUGCUUCCAGCUGCCAUGAGGUGAACAGCUUUACUCUGGCACACCUUCCCUUUCCACCACCGUGUUCUGCUUCAUCACAAGCCCACAGCGAUGGGGCAUCUGUGGACGAAAACCUGAAACCAUGAGCCCAAAGAAGCCUUUUCCUCAGGUAUUCCGUCACAGCAAUGAAGAGUGACUGUCCCUUCACUUAGUAUUGGAAAUUAAUGGUAGCCAUCAGAAACUGCUGUGCCCAGAUGGGAAUCAAUGUCCUGGAGCUCAAGCAGUGCCUGUCUCAGAUUUGGGAAUUUGGUGCUGCACAUGAGACCCAGCUGUAGCCCCUCUAUUAUGAAGAAGGUAUGUGGUAUGGCCACAAGUUGUUUGUGUUUCAGAGUUGAAGCCGUGGCCUCUCCAGUGCUAAGCAAGAAUUCUACCGAGUAAUACCUCUAGUCCAGAAUACAAACUGUAAUUGCUAUAAGAGAAGAGGAAAGAAAAUCAUGUUUUCAGCACAUACACUGACCUGGUGGUUUUUGUUUUGUUUCUUGAGACAGAGUUUCUCCGUAGCUUUGGAGCCUGUCCUGAUACUUUGUAGACCAGGCUGGCCUCGAACUUUGUAGACCUGUCUCUGCCUCCUGAAUGCUGGGAUUAAAGGCGUGCACUUCCUCUGGCCAACCUGGUAUUUUUUUUUUUAAAAGAUUCUUGUAUCUUUUAUAUCAUUCAUAAUCUGGUAUUUUACUUAUAGCCACUGAUUUACCUAUUGGUAUUAAAUAUUUUAUGAACAACUAAAACAGAAGGCAUUUGGCCCUAAAUUUGCAUAUAGCUUAUUAUGUGACUCAGGAUCACAGAGUCUUAUUUGUAGUACAUAGAAGAGUUCAGAGGGAUGGUACAUGGACAGAACAAUUGAAACUAUACUUAGAAAGUUGAUAACCAUGGCAUUACAGCUUUGUUUGUCUUUGAUACCUAAAAGCUAUGCAUGUCCCAAAUGGUGCAGCCACAGUAGAGAGGAGAUGGGGCUGAGGUUGAGGUGUGCUCUAGCUCAGUGUUGGGGACUUACCCAGUCUGUGCAAGUCCCACUGUGGCCCUCAACACCAUGUGCACACAUGGACACAUGCAUGGGCAGAAAGUUUGUGGCUAGUAAAGAACAGGUCUGGAGGCAGAAGCUGGAGGUCAGGGUUGGUGAGUUGAAGGAUGGGAGCCAGGUGCUCCUACUUCCCAGAUGUUGCCUCAGUGCUAACCUGGUGGAGAAGUGCACCUGUACAAAGUAACUAGCUCGUUUUUUGAGCCCUUUCCUAUGAGAAAUGGAACACAUGCAUUUUGGGAGGGCAUUCGAUCAAAGCACCACCACAGAAGUUCUACUUCUGAGCACACACCCCAAAAUAAUAGAAAAGCAAGGGAUCUGUACAUUCCUGUUGGUAGUCCACAGUCACAGAACAGCAGGGGAGUGGAUACACAGUAUGUCAUAUGUACACAGUGGCUUGUUCAGCCAGAAAAAGAAGUUUGAUACAUGAUAUAGAGAUAAACUUGACAAGAUGGUGAGAUGUCAGACAAGAAAAGAACAAAACUUCUUCAAAACACUUAGAAUAAGAGGGGAAGAGUGGUUACCAGGCCUGCAAUUGGGGGAAUGAGUUGUUUGUGCUGAAAAAAUCGUGGACAGUGGGAACACUGAAUGUCACAGAUGUCCCUGAACUAAAUAUUUGUAAGUGGUUACAGUGGUGGAUUUUAUGCAGUUUCUCUGAUCAAAACCUCCUGCAUAGCAAACCCAAAACAGUGUUAGAAAAACAAAAACCAUACCAUUCAAUCCCAGAUGGCUCCUUUCAAAAGGAAAGAUGGGCUGGAGAAACCGCUCCCCAGUUGAGAGUGCUUGCUGUGCUUGCUGAAUACCCAAAUUAGUUCCCAGCACCCAGCCCAGGCAGCUUACAAGCACCUGUAACUCCUGCUCCAGGGAUCCGACACCCUCUCUGGCCUGUGCAGGUGCCCGUGCGCGCACACACAAAGAUGGACAUAAAUCUGUUUUAGAAAAUGCACAUACUUCAGACAGCACAGAAGCUGCCCUAUGUAAUUUCCUGUGUAGGUCAGUGCUGAUUUCUAGGCCCCAGAGAACCCUGAGCUUUAAAAGAUGUUGUGUUACCACCUCAGGCAGGUAUAUGAAGCAGGGCUUGGUGGGAAGGCUGGAUGGACAAGGCCAGUGGAUUGUUCCUUUGCUCCUUGUGCAUGAUUACAGAGGUCAGGAGCUCAUCAAGGGUUGUGAGUGCCCCCAGCUAGUCCUGGUUCGGUAUUUCCUCCAGAGAUUUUUAGUAGGCCUGAGCAGGGUUUAGGUAGCUUGCAGACCCCAUUCUCAUUCAGGAAGUAUCAAAACUAUAUUAGCUCUUCUCAUAUCUUAUAAUGUAAGAUUCUGACUCUAGAAUUAAAAUUGUGUUGUUUACAUUGCAUUCUUGUUGAAUCAGCAAUAAUACUGUUAUUUCACACAUGAGCAUGUAUGAAACAGGGUUCAGAAACCUAGUAAGGGCCUUCACCCUUUCAGACUGAGUCACAGGAGCAAACAGGCAUUCCAAGUUGACACACUUGGGAUUUGGCAUAAAAAAGGAUUCCAAGUUUAGGGGUCAUCCCGAAACACACAGCUGCUCCCUUGGGCCUGUAGUUUUUCGAGAUUACAGGCACCCAAAGCCAUUGUGUUCCUGCAAUGACUGCCAACAUAUGCCACUGUUCUCAUUGCUGCUUCCCUCAACCUAGGACCUGUAUGGUCCUAUGUGGGCCUCAUCCUAUACUUUUAAAUAGUUGCCUAGAGUUUUGUUUUUGCUAGUUUCCCUUCUAAGUAAUUGGGUUCCAGGAUCCAAUAAAGUCUACAUGGGUCUCCAGAGUUAAGAGUAUGUGCCAACUGUUAUUAUUUUGAGAUAGGGUCUCCCUAUGUCGUCCUGGCUGCCUUGGAACUUGGUGUGUAGACCAAGCUGGCCUUGAACGUCAAGAGACCCACCUGCUUCUGCCUCCCGAGUACCUGUACCACCGCACUUGACUCACCCAAUCACUAAACAUAUCAGACACAUCAGAGGGAUUCCUGGAUCUCUAUUCCACAUCCUUGAGUAGGAUUCGGGUCUAUAGUGGGCCAGAGG